UCUCAGCGUUAUUGGCCAUCACACGUUCGCGGGACUGGGAGGAAUGGCCAAACUUCCCCCGACUCCUCCAAUCUCCUCUCAGAACAGGGCCCAGUCACAUUCAGAGCCCCCGUGCCAGCAGCUCGUAAAAAUACAGAGCCGCAGAGUUGCGCUCUUCAUUUUGCGCCGUAUCGAUAUCGAUCAUGAGGUCACUUCCUGUUAUCCCGCGACAGGGCACGGCACCCCCUCGCCCUCCCAGCCGUCAGUUAGAAACACUCCCCGCCGCAAGAAUGAACGUGGCACUGAUUCAUGAUAAAUAUGCAAUAAAGACUUUCUGGGAACGGAAAAUUGAAAAUCAUUGGCAACUGACUGAGGGUGAACAGUCAAGGAUGAAGAACAGUGCUCUGAGCAAGCUCCGCGGGGAGUGGUCCAAGAGGCUGGAGAUCCAGACGAAGCACCUGAAGAAGGCUCACGAGGAGAACAUGAGGAAGGCCCGGCUCCAGAUGGAGAACGAAGCCUAGCGUCGCACCGCCCAUACCGCCAGUACCGCCAGUACCGCCACACCGCUUUUCCAUUCCAGGCUUUGCAACGCCCGCCAUUUUAAAUGUUGCUCGCAAAGGUCGGCUGCCGAUGAUGUAGAACAGGGCUUGUGGCUCUGGUCUUAUGGGCCCUGUAUCCCCAGUAGUGCUGUUACAAGUCACAGAAACAAGAAUAUUUCCCCUUCGCUAAAUACAAAAUAAAUGUCUCAUUUACCGAACUCCGCAGAAUGAAGUAAUGGCCUAAAUUUAUAAGGGUAUGCAAACUGAUUGCAGCGGUGAAAAUGACUUCCCUUGGGUUUACUUAGGCAGGGGGGUGGCAUAUAUUUCUCUUACUGUUAAGAACGAUAAUAUUUCUGCCGCAGCCAGCUACAUAAAUUUACAGCGGCAUAAUCAGCUGACCUUGUACUUUCGGGAAUGUUAGUUAUUGAACAAUGUAUCACACAUUUCUGUCACUAGGGGCUCAUUUGAGAAAAAUAUUGAACAGAUUUUAAUUGAACCAGCUAAGAACAUACUACAUUGCAAAAACCAGACAAAAACCCAUUAAAUAUUACAUGACAAGUUAUGCUUAAUAAUUUGCAAAUCGUAAACAUAUAACAUAUCUGUGAUGUCAUUAGUAUUAAAUUAAAUUAAGUUAUCCAAUACAGUGUCAAUAUUCUCCCAUGCAUUUGAAAUACAAAUAUCCAAUCUCUCUUUUCUGUUGUUAAGUGUUCCAUUUCCCCUUUGUUACAGGCAGAAUUUGACUGGCUAAAUUCCCUGUAUUUAUAUUAUUUAGCAUUAGCUCAGUAGCAACUUCUCUGGCCAAUUGGGUACAAGUUGGGCACUAUGUUCAUCAGCCCAUCUAGUUCUGCUGUCCUCUGGUUUACUGACUACACAACCCAGCUGAUGGACUGAAGAGUGAAAAGUAGGGUUUACUUGCUACACAACCCAGCUGAUGGACUGUAGAGUGAAAAGUAGGGUUUACCAACUACACAACCCAGCUGAUGGACUGAAGAGUGAAAAGUAGGGUUUACCAACUACACAACCCAGCUGAUGGACUUAAGAGUGAAAAGUAGGGUUUACCAACUACACAACCCAGCUGAUGGACUGAAGACUGAAAAGAAGCUGCAUGUGAUCUUGAUGGACAUGGACGCUACUUCUCUCGGAAGACGUAACCGGUGAUUUAUGUAGUUUGGAGUGAAUUCAGUAUUCCAGGCAUCUGCCAUUCAUACAUUAAUAGAGUUGGAAAACAUGAAACACUGACAAGUACUGACAAGCCCUGCAGCUAGCCAACACAAAUGAUUCACAGUCUGUAGGUCACUGAUGAACCAGUUAUGCGUAACCAUGCAAUCUCUAAAGUAUUUGUGUCUGUAUCUCGUUACAAAUGAACUAAUAAAAUCAGGCCAGAUUAUAAUUCUCCCUCAGACCUCCAGAAAAUUUCCAUUUUAAAUAAGACCCUGGCUCAAAAAAAAUUUACACAAAUUUGACCAUUCUGCCGUCCUGUUGUAAGCCAGUGUCCUUGAUCAUUAUCCCCAAAUUAGCCUGAUUAUAAUUAGCCGUACACUUGAGACCUGUACAUACAGAUGGGCUUGACAUUCAUGCUUUAUGAACUUUAAUAAUGUCAGGUUAUAUGGGGAAACAACAGCUGUGUGAGCUUCUGAUUAUUGUGUAUUAAAAAAGAAAUGCAAUUGCAAAUGAUUACACAUACAAUCAGGUGACAGGCUGGUAAGUCCUCUAUUCCGAUAACAAUGGCAACGACUGAAAUGCACUUGCAUUACAAUGUGCUGUUAACUGUGCUUAGUUAGAAACUUUUACUGUGUUAUGACAUUAUUUCUUUGGAAAGAGAAUAGAUUUUUCAUUUGUAAUUGAAUUUCAGGCUGGCAGGUGAUAUCUGUGGUAUCCUCAAUGUUGUGGACACCUGGGCACUUAAACUAAAUGAUUUGUGGAAAAUGAAGUUCAAAGAUAAAACAAAUGCAAUGAGCCAAACCUAAAUUGCAUUAAAGGAGGAUAUUAUGGAAGUCUGGAAAGCACUGGUCUAUUCAAUCAAAAUUUCACAUCACGGGCAAAUGAUCUUCCCUCUGCGUAUUAAUUCCAAAUGAUACAAACCCAUCUCAGAACAGUUAUACAUCUGUGGAGUCCAUUUGUCUAAAGUUGCGAAGCUGAUGCUAAUUUUUGGGCAGGCUAAAAUUCAAUCACCGCUCAAAUCUGACUUUCUCUGGUGGCAUCAGCCAUAACCCUGCUACCAUCUGCUCUCUUCCACCUAAUAAAAAUAUCAUAUUUGACACACAUUAAAAUAUCUUUACCACAGCAAGUCAGUAAGAGUUUGGCUGUAUAAUGUCCCACUUGCGAAAUGAUCCAUUACCCAUAGUUACAGCAUUGCUUUGUGUCAUCAGUAAACAACAUAAAUAAACUAGAAAGGACACCUACAACAUGGCUCUAAAUAAAAAUUUACUAAAGUUGUCUCCACUAAGCAAA